AUGGCGGCGUGCCACACCGCCUGGCGCUGCUCGACUUUGGGGACAACAUCGACUCGCGAGCUGUUGCCCAUCUGUUUUGAACGGUGGACGCGAGCACAGGGAGAAGGAAGCGAUGCCCGGUCGAUACCGGAUGUCUUCGGAUGCCAGCUUCCUCAGGGUUGUGGGUAUCCAUCUCGGUACCGAGAGGAGACGAAAGAGCAGUCGAGCAAGGUCGCGGGCCUUCUGUCUGCAUCUUUCUUGGGGCGGUCGCCCUGCGGCUUGAGCAGGGAGGGCGCAGACGGGGCGAGGCUCGGUUGUGGCUCCAGUGUAAUGGCGGAAGCACAGUGCAUGUGGUGCCUGGACGCCAGAAUCAUGUACGAUCAUGUAUGA